GUCUACAAGUAUAUAAAAAAAAAGGAUGUGUGUAAACAUCACGUAGACUACAUGAAAAUAAUCUAAAGGAAAUCUAUAGCGCAACUCUAAUAUAUACUACGUUUAUACGGCGACGUUAAUCUGGCUUAGUAACAACCAUAGGUAAUAAAAUCUCGCGUUAGAUUGGUACGUUUUUUCAAAUCUAAAAUUAUGAUCCAAUUAAGACCUGUUCUACAAUGCAUCGUGUGCCGGUAUCGUGAGUCGUGGGCCGUAAGAAUAAGCCAAUCACAAUCAAGUAUUCUCCCCACAUUCGACUGUGACUGGUCAAUUCUUAUCGCUUGCGGCUUGCGACACCGACACACGACGCAUUGUAGAACAGGCCUAAAACUUAUUGCACAAUGCAGAAGCACAGGCAAUAGGAACAGGGAAUAGCGAUAGACAACAGAUUUUGAUCAGUCAAAAAUAUCUCCGAUAUUCUUUCACAGCUUCUGAUUGGUCGAAAACUGUUGCCUGUUGCUAUUCCCUGUACCUUUUCAUUGUGUCUCAGUCUUACAAGAAAUCACUACAGUUGUUACUAAACCGGUUUAACGUCGCCGUGUAAACGCGAUAAUAGAUUACACUAAAAGGAGACAAAAAUAUUCACAUUCACAAGAACCUCUCUAUCACUUUACAACUCUAGCGCCAGCGCACUUUCCAAUAUUAUUAUUAUAGGACUUCAGUGGACGCAAGCGUGCGCGAUGCGCUGUCGUCGACUGUAUCAAAGAUGGCUGCCACGAGCGUGGUACCGUCAAAGGUGCGCGAAAAAUGACGGGUUUUCCGUGCUCUUGACGGCGCGAUUGUAUGUGCGCGCGCGAGAACAGUGUUGAGCGAGCGUUUCCUUUGCGUCGCAAAUUAGGACGGCGCGACGACAGUGCCUCAUCACCAUGGCGUUAGUCACAGUGCAGCGUUCCCCAAGCGUGUCCAGUUCUCCGCAGAGCUCGGAUUCAGGAGCAGGAGCACCGGCUGAUGAUGAAGAUACCGCGAGAAAUUGUAAAAGUCUGAGCGAAUGUUACUUUGCGGGCAAGGGCGCAGCCCUGGUCUUACCGCCAAACGAAAGGGCUCGUCCUUCGAGACGAGUUUCAGCCGCAGGAUGCGACAUUCAGCAACACUUACAAUCCAUGUUCUACCUGUUGAGGCCAGAGGAAACUUUGAAAAUGGCCGUGAAACUGGAAUCGGUGCAUCCAGGAAGAACGCGAUAUCUCGUCGUCGUUUCUUGCACAGGAAGACAGGACGCCGAGGAAAGCUGUCUUCUAGGUAUCGAUUGUCACGCCAGGGCAACUGUCGGCCUCGUGCUCCGAGUUUUGGCCGACACCGCUAUCACUCUUGACGGCGACGGGGGUUUCAAGGUCAGCGUUUGCGGUCGUCAACACAUCUUCAAGCCGGUGUCUGUUCAGGCCAUGUGGUCAGCCUUGCAGACGUUGCACAAGGUAUCCGGAAAAGCACGCGAGCAAAACUAUUUUCUGGGUGGACUGUCGCAUGACUGGGUCAGUUACUAUGAGCAACGAAUCGAGAGCGAUCGGUCGUGCCUCAACGAGUGGCAUGCCAUGGACAAUCUGGAGUCUAAGAGACCGCCGUCACCGGACAGCGUACGCACCAAGCCCAGAGAAAGAGAAGAAACCGAGCGCGUGAUUCGAUCGACAUUGAAAGAGAUCAUGAUGUCAGUGGACCUUGAUGAAGUUACUUCCAAGUAUAUUAGAGGUCGACUUGAAGAGGAUCUUGACAUGGACCUCGGAGAAUUCAAGCCAUUUAUCGAUCAGGAGAUGCUCACCAUACUGGGGCAAAUGGAUGCGCCUACUGAGAUAUUCGAUCAUGUUUAUCUCGGCAGCGAGUGGAACGCUAGCAAUUUAGAGGAACUUCAGAAAAAUGGUGUAAGGCACAUCUUGAAUGUUACUCGGGAAAUUGACAACUUCUUUCCGGGAAUGUUCACGUAUUUGAACGUACGUGUAUAUGACGAUGAGAAAACAGACUUGUUGAAGCAUUGGGAUAACACAUUCAAAUAUAUUACUAAGGCCAAAAUGGAGGGCUCCAAGGUGUUGGUGCACUGCAAGAUGGGAGUGUCUCGUUCUGCUUCCGUGGUGAUAGCUUACGCGAUGAAAGCUUACAACUGGGAUUUUUCCCAGGCAUGGAAACACGUCAAGGAAAAGCGCAACUGCAUCAAGCCUAAUAACAGUUUCCUUCUGCAACUGGAAACAUAUCAGGGUAUUCUGGACGCAAUGAAGAACAAGGAGAAGCUCCAGAGAUCCAAAUCCGACACGAAUCUGAAAUCUCCCACGUCCGCGAAGGAUCAAUCAAAAAAGGAGGAAAAAUCGAAUAAUAUAGAAAACAAUAUGCAGGAGGUUUCAGGUUCGGAGUUGAAGAAAACUAGCCAAAGACCAAAAAGUUGGUCGCCAAAUGUCAAAGUUGCUGAAAAUAUGUUACCUUCCGUUCCUUUGUCACAGUCGUUGGAAAGUAUCGACAAGGCAGGAAAUACGGAAGUUACACGGGAGGAUCUUCUUCGUGGCUCGAAUCAAAAACCGGCAAUGGAACAGGAGGCUCGCAAUGUUCUAAUGCCUUGCGAUAAUGGGCAAUCUUAUAGCGUGUCGCAAAACAAAAUAAUGCACCUACCCGCCCCGCUAAUCCCUGGCACACCUAGCGUAAAAAAUAGAAUUAGUAAGUUAGAAACUCAGGGACAGAAAAGAAAAGGUCUGGUUCUCAAUCUAACCAAUCAGUUUGAAGCAGCCAGCAGUAAACCGUCAUCGCCGGGAUCCGAUUCGGACGCGAGAUCUCUAUCCCAGAGUUUAAUUACGGAAGACAAUGCGAAGCCAGUCGAGAAUAGCCACUCGUAUUGCGAACAGUUACAGGAACCGCGAGAUACCAUGGCUUCCGCCCCAAAAGAUCCUUCCGGAAAGGAAGUUUGGGAUCCUGGUGAGGAACAGAGAGAGAGGAGGAACGAAACGAGUCAAAAGUCCACCGAGAUCAACGAUAAUAGUGAAUGUCUAGUCUGGACUGCGUCUACGGAUACAACGUAUGCUGAUUCGUGUGAUGACAAUAAAACUGAUAAAACCGAGUGUGUGGAGACAAGUGAGUGUAUUACAAGUGCAGCGACGGAUACGACUAAUGCGACACCGAUUAUAAUAACGACGAUCUCGACCACAGCGACGAUAGGAGGAGGAGCGGCAACGUCGUCGACGUGUCACGUCGAUGUUUUAGGGAAAAAGGCGAGGAAGGACGGUGAUCCGUUCAGUGCCCAGCUAGACCGAGUGUUUGAUCGCGAGGAAAGACGAGGUGAACCCACUACAAGGGAAUCUCCGAGUCGGCAAAGUUCCUGGAGCAGUUACGACAGUGCAGUGAUUCUCGACAACAAUUCGGUACAUAGCUCCUGGGCUACUUUACCAUCGAGGAACAGUUCCUGGGGCUCUUAUGACAUGCGGCCAUCUGAUCUACUUGGUUCUAGUGGUUUGUUUCCAUAUGAUAAGGAAGAGAUACCAUGGCAUCCGGGUACAGUAAAGCGCACUAAACAGAAAUUAGAGGAAGGCACAACUGCGGGCGAAGUAAAACGUGUGUGCACGCAGAGCUCAACAACCGCGGACGACAAAAUUGAGACGUUAAGUACCGAGGUAGAUGCGGUAACGGUUGAGGCGUACAAUCCGAUGCUGUUGCAUCACAUGCCGUCACCAACGUUGCGAAGAAGAGAUUCAUCGCCUACUCAGGAACAUAAUCUUAAAGUAGAAACAAAUAGAGACUCACCGAGUCCGGUAGGCAGCAUCGAUAUUUCCCUUACGUCCAUGCGCCAGAUCGGAAGAUUGUCUACAAGCGCCCCCGCGCCGUCCUCUCUAUCCGAGUCCGAUCUGCCUCUGUCUUUAAGAUCCUGUAGAUCGGAAAGUGAGACGUCCAGUCCAUGCGUCGUCAACACCACCCAGUGCCCCUCCGUGAAACAUCACAAAAUGGUCUUGGAAAAUCUCUGUAACAAGUCCGUGUUCAAUAAGCGUUGCUUCUCUGUGGAUGACUCGCCGGAAGCAGAGUGUCCGCGUAGCACGUCUGGCAUAGUAAAAAAUCUGAAGAAAGAAUUUGAAGCAAAGUCGACCAAGUUGGAGAGAAGUCCUGAAAACGUAUGUGAAGGCGAAAACACGUCAUUGACCGCGCGACCCAAGAGGGACGUGAAGAUCAGAAGUUUGCCCUCGUCGCCGGUGAUCCCACACAACGAGUCCAAGAUUCAGUCGUCGUCCAGUGUUGGCGAAACCAAAGACAGCAAGCAUGGUAGAAGGAAUGAAACAACAACACCGUCAUCGCAAGACAACGCGGAAGAUCUCUCUGUCAGAGUUUUGGUAGGAAAGUACGAGGUCGCCAGGCCGAAUUCUAGAAAAAGCUCGGACGUGCAGUUACGCGUACACAAAGACAAAGAUUGGGAUACGAUGGAAGUUCAUCCACCGGCAAAAUCGAAGAUUGCUCCCGAAUUUUCGAGGAGAUCAGCGCCGAUUAUGAUUAACAAUCACACCUCCGCACCUCUGUUCAACGAGACGUUGGAAGCCCCCGGCAGGCCGCCGGCGGUACCCUCGCCCAGUGUAGUCAUGGCCAGCGUAGUGGCGAAGGCAGCUAGCAAGAAACAACAACAGCAUGGCAGAACCCAUCCCCUCGCUAGGCUGCAGGUCAGGCCUAGGCACAGCAGUCCUGUUUACAAUACCAUGUAAUGUGGAAACGAUAGUCUUUUGUUUUUCGUUUACGGAUUCUUAAACGUAACGCGAGUACAGCGCAUCUAAUGCGGACGAGAGUAUUCACGUGGGUACGAGUAUUACGUGGAUACGUCGCCGUGACGAUGAAAUCGUGUGAUCUCUUUAUGUUGGCGAUGAAGAUUGGGUUUUCGGAGCCAAGGCAAUUGCACCUGUUGUUUUAAGAAUAGAUCUUUUUCUUUGUCGUUCUCUUUUCUUUAUCGCUGCAAUCGCUCGUACAGCUAUCGCCCUGUUCAUCGAAAAGAACAACCUUGUCAUUUCGAUAAUCGUAACGUAUCGAUGAUGUAUCUUAUUAUCUACAAUCUCGCGUAAGUGUUCGGAUCUUUUUGUAACGACAGGCGCUUUAUGUUCCUUCUUGUCAACGUGUAUCUUGGCUUGACGUUAGUUCAAUUAUUUUAAGCUGGAAAUGCAACAAUCACGAGGCUGCGCGUCGAGAAGAGGGUCAACGUAAUUUCAGGAAGGAAUAAUUGUAUAGAUCACUUUGUCAUAAUUUAGUGGGCUUGGAAUCAAACGUGCGUUAAGUAGUGAAAAGUGAUUUGAUUUAUUGCGCGAAUGACUAAUGCGAAAGGCGAAGAUUUUAAUCCGCAAGAGAACAAGAAAGAAAGAAAGAAAAACCGGGUGCUCAGUCAGGCUGUGAAUGUAAGGUCUGAGCCUCGGAUGCACGCUGACCUUUCUUCUACUUCGCUUUCUUCAUCUUUUCUUUUUUUUUCUUUUUUUUCUUUUUUUUUUUCUUUUUUUUUUCUUUUUUUUUCGUCGGAUAACGAUGUUACCGCGUGAGACGAUAAAUCUCCGAUUUUCGAAACGACUUUAUCGAUUUUGUCGUGACAGAAAAAAAUUAUACGACGAGACCUCGAGAUAAUGUAAUAUUAAGUAACACUACUAGUAAUUUAUAGGUGAUAAUGUGAUUAGAGUGAUGCACAGUAUGCGAGAAUACGAUGUGGUGAAGUGUGUUUUCUGUUGAGCGACUGUUUUUAAAAGCAUGAGUGCAUUCGGAAAGGGGGGUACCGAAAUUCACGCGAAUUUCUAAUCGAUUCCAAAAAAUCCAAAAGUAAAUUUUCCUGAUCUUUCACAUCAGCGGUCAUAUUUUAUUCAUAAGCAUGGAAAAUUGGUUAGUCAAAAACAAUAACAUUGAACGAGUGGAUUAGAUUUCUCUUAAAUCGUAAGUAAUUACAAAUAAUUUUAGACUUCUAUUGUCUCUUACUUAUAACAUAUAUGCUGCAACAAUUUCGAUUUAAUGAACCAGAUCUCAUUAAAUUUCAUUGAGUGAUGAGAUCGUCGCCUCAUGCGUCUAGAAUAUAUAAUUAUAUGUACAGAUUGUAUCUUCACUGUUUUGAUCCAAGUCUCUUAGGCUGACAGGACUGUUGUUCUCGCGAAUUAGGUACCUCUCUUAUUCAUUAAUUGUUAUUAACUUGCUCUUUGUACUCCUACUACUAUAGAUUGUCCUUAUCUUAAUUAAUUCAGCUCGAUUGAUCGUGUAAUGCUUUUCAACAGCUGACGAUGCAGCAAUGAUAGUGCAUCAGUUCCGCUAUUGACUCCCGUAAGUUGAGAAAGUGCGUAUGAAAUAGCGAGGAAAAAUGUGUGUUGAUCUUCUUGGGUGCAUGCGCGUACUAUACUGUACUUCUUUAUCAAUCGACCUGGAGCACAUUAUAUCUGUCAAUAUUUUUUUAAACACAUAUCACCGACUCAUCGUUAAUUUUGUAAAUUGUGAACGUUCCCAUUAUGUCGUGAAAUUUAGUUAGAUAAAAACGAAGGAAACCCAAUUCAUCGCGCAAAUUGACGACCAAUUUUAUACUCUGAUGUAUUCUGACGAAUACAACCGCUGCUAAGAGGCGCCUCACGAGCGCAUCGCGAUUAUCGUGUAUAAAUAUAUUUUAUUACAAACAGAUUUCUUAACCACAUUAGGCUCGUUGAUCGUUUAGAUUGUAGAUGCGGACGAAAAAUGUCCUGAAACGUGUAGUUUUCCGAAUAGUCUGUUGGAUCGCACCUAGAGAUUAACUAUUACCUACUUAUAUGAUUAAGUACAAUCGGAUGCAAUUUAGAAGGAGAAAGAUCUGUUUUCUCUGCAACAUCUUGCAACAUCUUGUUGGGAUGAUCCUUUAAGCGCGAGAGUUGCGGAGAGUGAAGUUUCAAAGUCUCGAAUAUUAUCCAAAUGUCGAGUUUGGAAUAUACUUGGAUGCACAAGAUUUCGAUAACUUCCAUACUGGAAUCCGAUGUGGAUCGGAUCUCCAACCACGCCGCAAAAGUAUUAUAAACAAAACGUAUCGUCUUUGGCGCAAGUAUUACAAAAAAAGAAAAAAAGAAAAAUACGCGAUGCGCUUUCUGCUCUCUCACCGUGUUUGUCCACGAGCAAUCUUUUUCUAUACCGUGUCGCUUAUCAACCGAUCGAUUUGCUCGUGUUAAGUAAGUUUGUAUUGUCACAAAUCGAUGUGCUCAGUUUUAGUGAUUGUCCCCUGUCCCUUAUGUCCCUUCCUUCGAACCGCUCCAAUCCUUAUCUCUUAAGUUUUGCUUAAGUGUGUGCGUUCGUUCGAUACGAGAAUUUGCUGUCAUAUGAGAAAUGAUGAUAAAACCGUACGUUGUUCUGUAUAAAUUUUGUACUAUAGUUUGUAUUAAAUAAAAUACAUUGUUUAUUGCUUGA